AUGGGCAUCGCACAAUCUCGAAAAACCCUGCUCGAGCCACCCCCGGACCACCCCGAACCAGAACUCGAUCGCGAAACUCUACUCAAAGGUCUCGGCAACGUUGCUCGAUAUAUAGAGGGGAAGCACGAGCAUAUCACGCUCAUCGCCGUUGGCGGUGCCGUUAACACCAUCCUCUUACAAACCCGGGCGUCAACGCACGAUGUUGACUUUUACAACCAAAACCUCAGCGGUGAGGACUACGGACUGAUUAAAAAGGCCAUCAAAUACGCACGUUCCAAGGACCCCAUCCUCGAAGAAGGGUGGCUCAACAAUAAGACCGUUCUCUUCAUACCGCAAAAUAUCCGUGGGGAAAUCACUCAAUCAGCUAUUGAUCAGAAUCAGGAAGUCUUCACUGCGCCGGGCUUGACUAUUUUAGCAGCUCCUUGGCCUUACGCGUUUGCAGCAAAACUCGACAGGCUUUCCGGCGGUGGUGGAAAAGCGCAUGAUCUACCCGAUGCUGUUGCCUAUCUCCAUCAGAUAAAUCAGACUAUGGGGUAUGGUGUGGUUCCUCGUAGUCAGGUGUUGGCGUGGGCAGAUACUUAUAAAGCCCGUUAUUCUGGCGUGCACCUAGGACAGGUCAACACUGAAUAUAAGAGGGUAUAUGGACAGGACGGUAUUGAUAUGGGAGCUUGA